CUUUGCCUACUGUGAACUUGAGAAUUUCUCCUACAACAGCUUGAGUGAAGUCUACAAACCUCAGCCUGAAACAGAGCAUAAUACUCUGUCAUCAUAAAUCUCAUCAAAACCAUUUCUGAUCUGGGACUGUGUGAGUAUAGAUUCAAAAAGGCCCAAUGCUGACAUCUUCAGGUAGAAGUAAGGUGAGUUUAAGACUAGCUCCCCUACUUCUUCCUCCCAGACCCAUUCUGUGGGAUUCUGGGGCACUGAGAAAAGCCAAGAAGAGCUGGUUAGAAUGUGUUAUUUAGGGGGUCAAGCUUUGAAGACUUUCUAUGUGGAGAGAACCAAGCUUCCUUUUUUGACUUGGUUUUACUCAGUGAGCAACUCAGAUAUAGUGUGUCCUUCCCUUCAAAAUAGGGCUACGGGUUUUGGUUCCUGGUCUGGUAGAGUCAAGUACAAGAGAGGUAAUAAGCUCUGGGUAGAGUCGUCCCUUAAGAGGAGCUGGACUGGGAGUGUACCAUUGUCUCUUCAUUUAGUGAGUUAGCAUCUGGAGUCAGGCUCUUUUCCCUGUUGUAACAGUUUGCCCACAGAAAUUGUGACAGACAAGAUUAGAGUUCCUGGGUGUCUUGGUGAUAGUCAUAGUAGACCCAAUGAGGUAGGGGAUGGGUUUGGAGCAGCAGUAUGCUGGUAGAAGUUCAACAACCAACUCUGAAAAAAGUGUGUAGGACACACUUUAAAGUUCAAUUUGCAUUAUUAAAAUUUUCUCCACCACUUUCUUAAGUCUAGGCAAUCAACAAGAGAAUGAGUUAAGGCUUGAUUUCUAGGACUUGGCAAUUUGAUAUGUUAAUGGUCACAAUGAAAAUUGAAUCAUCAGAGGCACCUAGUUGGCUCAGUGCAUAGAGCUUCAGGUCUGGAGUUGGGAAAUCCUGUGUUCAUUCAAAUCUGGUCCCAGACAUUUCCUAGUUGUGUUACCCUGCACUUAACCCCAAAUGUAUAACUCUUACUUCUCUUAUGCCUUGGAACCAAUACUCAGUAUUGAUUCUAAAAGAAAAAGUAAAAGUUUAAGGGAAAAAAAGGAAAUUUAAAGAUCAGUUCUGGUGAGUUGGUUCAAGCUUUCUCUAGUGAAACCCAAUUCUAAAUGUCCCAGAUUGAUCUUCCUUUUUGUCAAUGGACAAUCGAAGGAAUGACUGAGGCAACCUUCUAAUGUGAUCUUUUCUUUCUCCACAGAAUGGGCAGAGAAAAUGACUCCUUCGUGUCUGAGUUUAUUCUUUUUGGUUUAACUGACCAACCAGAGCUCCAGAUCCCUCUUUUCUUCCUGUUCCUUGGGAUCUAUGUGAUCACUGUGGUGGGAAACCUGGGCUUGAUUGUUUUGAUUGGUCUUAAUUCUCAUCUUCAUACCCCCAUGUACUAUUUUCUGUUCAAUCUGUCCUUCGUAGAUCUCUGUUACUCCUCAUCUAUUAUCCCCAAGAUGCUUGUGAAUUUUGUGUCAGCGAAAAACACCAUUUCCUAUUCAGGGUGCAUGGCUCAGCUAUAUUUCUUUUGUUUCUUUGUAGUUUCUGAGUCCUUCCUGCUGUCAGCUAUGGCAUAUGAUCGUUAUGUUGCUAUCUGCAAGCCACUGCUUUACAACAUCACUAUGUCCUAUCAAGUCUGCUGCCUGCUAGCAGUUUGUGCCUACAUGAUGGGGUUUUCUGGUGCCAUGCCCCACACAGGAAGCAUGCUGAGACUGUCCUUUUGCAACAACAACAUCAUCAAUCACUACAUGUGUGACAUACUCCCUCUCCUGGAGCUUUCGUGUACCAGCACCUAUGUCAAUGAAUUGGUUGUUUUCAUUGUUGUGGGCAUUGACAUUGGAGUCCCCACUAUCACUAUCUUUAUCUCUUAUGCUUUAAUCCUCUCUAGUAUCCUCCAUAUCAAUUCCACUGAAGGCAGGUACAAAGCCUUCAGCACCUGUAGCUCCCAUAUGAUGGCUGUUUCUCUUUUCUUUGGGUCUGGGGCUUUCAUGUACCUCAAACCUUCCUCUCUUCUCUCCAUGAGCCAAGGGAAAGUAUCCUCUGUGUUCUACACUAUUGUGGUGCCCAUGCUGAACCCUCUGAUCUAUAGCCUGAGGAACAAGGAUGUCAAAUUGGCCAUGAAGAAAAUCGUGAGCAAAAUAAUAUUCUAAAGAUCACUGAGAUUAAUAUCAGUAAGUGGACUCAAGGUUUUUUCAUUUCUUUGCUGGAAAUCUUUCUUGGAGAGUUCUUGACCCAAAUGCUCUUCAGAGACAUCACAGAGAAAUGGGGAAUUCCAGAAUUUUCAAUAGUGUCAGAAAAUAACAUGAAUACUUAUAUUGAAUAUGUCUGUUCAUUUAAGACAGAGAAGAAGAAGGGAACUUCAACCUCUCCUCUCAAACAGAUCCAUUUCCACCUUGGAAAUUAAUAAUAAUAGCUAACAUUUACCUAUGUAAAGUGAUAUGAUAUCACUUACUAUAUGCUAGACAAUGUACUAAGCAUUUGAAAAUUUCAUCUCAUUUGAUCUUCACCAUAGCCCUGUGAAGCAGAUGAUAUUAUUACCCAACCCCCUUUACAAUUUAUAAAAUUUCAGCAAACAGAGUUUUAAGUGAAUUGUCCAGGGUCACACAGCUAAUGAUUGUCUGAGGCCAGAUUUGAACUUAGGGCUUCCUAAUUCCAGGUCUGGCUCUAUAUCCACUGCAUCACCAUCUGCCCAAAUUAAGUUCUUAUUUUAUCAAAUGAUUUCAUAUAAAUACUCUUUUAAGAAGUGUGUUUCCCUGGUGGAUUGAAUCCUUACUGUAUUCCACAAAAAUGCAUGUAUCUCUUUACAAA